AUGCGGUUCUCUUCGCCCAUCAUCGGCCUCGCGUUGGCAGCUUCCCCCAUCGCCGGCCAGGAGGCAAAAACCGUCAAAGUAGAAGUCGGCGCAGACGGCAAACUCCUAUACAACCCGUCCAACUUUGAAGCCACCGUCGGCACCAAGAUCGAGUUUCACUACUUCCCCAAAAACCACACCGUCACUCAGUCGUCCUUCAAUGAUCCCUGCCACCCCCUCGAAGGAGGCUUCUUCUCCGGCUUCGUGCCUACUACCGAGUCUCCCUCCAAAACCACCUUCACCAUUGAGGUCAAGGACACGAAGCCCAUCUGGUUCUACUGUGGCCAGGCUAACCACUGCCAAAAGGGCAUGAUUGGCGCUGUCAAUGCCCCCCAGACGGGCAACACAUUUGAGGCUUUCUCUGCGCUUGCAGUGAAGGCUUCCAAUAGCACUUCUCCCCCUGGCGGCCCUGUCGGCGGCGUCUUGAGCAACGGCGGCUCCCAGUCUGAUUCAACCUCUGCUACCCAGACCACGGCUGUUACUACGAAGCCGUACACAUCCACCUGGACGAGCAACGGCCAGACAUUCACCACCACUGCGACGACUACCGUUUUCGCUGGCGGCCCGGCCCCUGAACAGACGACUUGGGCUUACACCACCAAGCCGUACACCUCUAUUUGGACGAGCAAUGGACAGACAUUCACCACCACUGCUACUACGACGCUAGUGACCACGGCUACUGUUGGAGCCGACUCGACUGCCACGACAUCGGCGAGCAGGGGCGCCGCCGCCGCCGCGACGGGUAGUUUCAAUAUUUGGCAUGCUGGAGCGCUGGUUGCCGGCGUUGCUGCGAUGAUGUAG